UCAAAUAUUUGGGCUCUGACGGUCCGAGCUCGGUCAUGGGCGUUGCAACAAACUCGAAAAUAAUAAAGUCGUCCAUGCAGAACACCCACACGGUGAUAGUGCAAACUUCAUAAAGAAGGUCCCUCUGCCCAACGAUAACAACAAUGAUUUAUCUUCGCAACCAGUUCUCCGCCGUAGUGUUGGCUGUUGCUUUCUUAGCGAUUCCUUUAGUUCGAGCUGCAACGACAGUAAUCCCGUCUACGUCAUUUUCUUCGUACACUACUUUGGAGCAGUACUGGGCGUAUCUAUACCCCUGGGGAUCGGACCACAACGGGAGUGCUCGGAUGGUUGGGAACUCGAGCUACCACGAGAAUAUCGUGAUUGCAUCCAGUACACUUAGCCUGAUUGCAACACCGACGUCGGGUGCUGUUCCGCCUACCAGUACGGCGAAUCCGAAUCCAGCAAUUCAUUAUGCCAGUGGUACAAUCUAUGCCAAGGAACAGAUCACGGUCACUAGUGCAAACUCGUAUACUAUCACGGGAGAGUUCAGUGCCCCAACGACUUUCGGGACCUGGCCUGCAUUCUGGUUGACGGCAGUAGUUGGAUGGCCCCCAGAGACCGACUUGGGUGAAUGGAAAGGAACCGCCGACACCUGGUUCAACACCUUCAACACCUCUACAGUCGUAGUCUCGGACAUUGUUCCUUGGCCUUCGGACUUAUCGUUCCACUCUCUCAAAGCAGUUCUCACCGCAGAGUCGAACAAUGUGGACGUCCGCAUCGAUUUCUACAUGGACAACGAGCUGAAGACUACACAAUUUGGCUCUGGAUUCGUUGGCGCUGCCCUUUGGUUGAUCAUUGAUCUUCAGAUGGAGGGAAGCUCCGGGAGUCCAGGACCUACCGGAACGACUACCUACAUGAUUCGGAACGUCGAGAUUACAAGGUCCGGUGAUUGAGAUCUGCAGAACUGGAAUCAUUAUUUGAAUUUUGAAAGCCAAGUUAAAUCGAAGGAUUCCGAGUCAGGAUCUAUUUUCCGUGUAUAUAACGUAGAUAAUUGAGGCAUGAUACACCACUUUACUUCCUUUGACGUGCCCCUUCGACGGUCUACAAACUCUUAGAUUAUUGGAACGCAGAUUCCUG